AGAAAGUAGGGUACAAAACAUCAAGAAAAGGCUUCCUUAAUCCUUAAAAACUGCCACCCAUUUAGCAGAGAGGAUAUAUGCAUAGAUAGGGAUGGGAGAGAAAGAGACUUCCUUCAGCCCUUCAAUUUUCUUUUGAUUUAUUACUUCAAAUUUUAUAGAUUUUUUUUUCUAUUUUUUGCUAAUUUCAAGAAUUAUUUUUUCUGGGUCAUAAAUAUUUUGGAGGCUCUGGAAAUUCGAAGUGGCUAUUUGUCUCCCUCCUCUUUUCUCUUGAGGUCCAGAUUUUAAAUUGGGAGAUCUCCAUUUUUUGGGUAUUUUUGAUAUUUAAUUUACAUUUUUUUUGGCUUGAUCUUGAAACCGAGAGAGUGAUAUAUAUAGUAUAUACAUAUACCUACCGUAUAUAUGUAUAUACUUGUAGGGUAUUCAAAGAUAUUGGGAGAAAUUGUAUAAUAUGGUGGCAGAAGGGGGAUCUCGUUAUUGUUCCAAGAAGACUGAUGAUAUAUGUGGUAAUGAGAACUCAACUCGAACCUUGAGCAUGUCGAGAUUAAAGUGCAUUAUACGUGGGCUGGAUAUAAAAUCCUGUCUCUUCCUUCUCAUGUUGGUCCCGACAUGCUUCUUUGUUAUAUAUAUGCAUGGACAGAAGAUCACAUAUUUCUUGAGGCCUUUAUGGGAAUCACCACCGAAGCCCUUCAAUGAAAUUCCUCACUAUUAUCAUGAGAAUGUGUCUAUGGAGAAUCUUUGUAAACUCCAUGGUUGGGGAAUACGUGAGUAUCCAAGGCGUGUUUUUGAUGCAGUGUUGUUCAGUAGCGAGCUGGACCUUCUCAAGAUACGAUGGAAGGAAUUGUACCCUUAUGUUACAGAAUUUGUACUGCUUGAGUCAAAUUCAACCUUCACUGGGCUGUCGAAACCUUUGGUCUUUGCUGCUAAUCAACAACAAUUCAAAUUUGUGGAGUCACGAUUAACUUAUGGGAAAGUUCCUGGGAGAUUUAGGAAAGGAGAAAACCCCUUUAUUGAGGAAGCUUAUCAAAGACUUUCAUUGGAUUAUCUUCUUAAACAAGCUGGUAUCCAGGAUGAUGAUUUAUUGAUAAUGUCUGAUGUUGAUGAGAUACCGAGUAGACACACAAUUAAUCUCUUGAGAUGGUGCGAUGACAUACCCUCAAUCCUACAUCUUCGGCUGAAGAACUAUUUGUAUUCAUUUGAGUUUCUUGUCGAUUAUAAUAGCUGGAGAGCUUCAGUUCACAGGUAUCAAUCUGGCAAGACGAGGUAUGCACAUUAUAGGCAGUCAGAUGACAUUUUGGCUGAUGCAGGAUGGCAUUGUAGCUUUUGCUUCCGCCGAAUUAGCGAGUUCAUAUUCAAGAUGAAAGCUUACAGCCAUGUUGACCGUGUGAGAUUCUCUCAUUUUCUGAAUCCAAGAAGAGUCCAGAGAGUAAUCUGCACAGGGGCUGAUUUAUUUGACAUGCUGCCAGAAGAGUACAGUUUUAAGGAAAUCAUUGGAAAAAUGGGACCUAUUCCCCACUCUUAUUCAGCAGUUCAUCUCCCUGCAUAUCUUUUGGAGAACGCUGAUAAAUAUAAAUUUCUCUUGCCGGGAAAUUGCUUAAGAGAACGUGACUGAAUUAAAUGGACCGUGUUUGUGUCUUUUUUGUAAAGGUUGAACUUUAGCUUUGGCUCCUGGCACGGCACAGGGUUUCAUUGUCCAAUUGAUGACCGUGCUUAAAUCCUUUUUUACCAUGUGGUAAAAUUGGACGUUUUCUUGGAUUUCUAGAGUGAGUUAUGUAUAUAACUUUUUCGUACAGUUGUUUUCUGUGCGGGAUUUGGAUGGUAUACAGUAUGAGAUGGGAGUUUGAAGUUUGCUGCUCCAGAUUAGGAAUUUCCGAUGUGGGACUAACUUCUCAAAUAUUAUUGCAAAUCGUGUCGCUUACUUUCUAAUUUUGACUCUCUCGAGGUACUUGACAAUUUAUUUUCUUGCCAUGCUUUGCUUUUCACUUUGCCUUGGUCGAGCCAAUGAAUGUAGUAUCGAGUUCUUGUAGAACUGCCUGCCUCCCCCUAUUUUUUAUUAUCUCGAGUUGUUUAAUGUAAAAGGUCAUAUGAAUAGGGAAUCUGAUACCCUUUUAAUUAUUUAUGU